AUGGACGAACAAGACUUUGCCAGGAAUCUCAAGGAUCCGAAGAGCCAAGACUCGCAUGUGCCUGUCAAUAACUUCAACUUAGAUGAGUUAGUCAGGCAUGGCACCAGCCAGAACAUACCCACCACCUAUAUCAUUGAUGGCGUCUCGUCUCGCGAUACAUCUGGUACCGCCAUCAUGCCCAUGGCAGAUGGCACGUCUUUGCUGCAUGUCAUCGAGCAGGAGAUUGUACGAGUUGGCAACAGUCAGGCUGUUGCGGACUCAGAAGCUCUCGAGAUGAGGAAGGCCGCGCCCACACAAGACGUCGAUAAGCCAGGGAGACAUGCGACUGAUCAGUCUAAGCCAGCAGGGGCAUCCGAUACAGUGCCAGCGCCUGAGCCGACUUCUGGUAGUGCAAAUGCUGGCCUGGGCUCGACUUCGCAUGCUACCAACGCGGAGCCGUUACCCGCGAAUGGACGAAGAGAAUUUGGAACUGAUCAGUCCAAGCCAUCUGGAGAAAUUGACACAGUACCAGCGCCGGUACUGAUCCCUGGUAGCACCAAUCUCGACUCGAGCUCGACUUCUCAUGCCACCCGUGUUGAGCCGGCGACUUACUGGGUAGAGCGUCCCUUCAACACGAUCUCGGCAACGCCAGAUCGGCUGCUCAUAAUCAAGCCCAAAGACAUGGCACCUGUGGCGACCACCAGUCGUACCAGCGUUGUUGAAAUCACCUCGAAAGCAAGCGUCGACCCCAAGGUAGAGCUAGUCCUGCGACCCUACAAAGUGCCUGACCGCCACAAUGAAUUCACCUCGAAAAAGCACGUCUCGUUGAACACAACCAUCAGAACGCUUCUAGCGCACCUUGAAGACGAAUGCCGAAAGAUCGUGUAUGGCCAUCGACCCCGCCUCUCGAUGAUAGCACAAGCGAAUCAGUGCUUCCACAUUCGAGCAUGUCCGGACAUGACGACCGAGCCUUCUCGAAACUUCUACAUCACUAACGAUGACCAGAGCGCAUGUCGCUUCAAGCAGGUCAGAGGUCUGUUUCACACUCACCAGGUCGAAGCUGCUGCGCGAGAUGACACUCCGCUCUCCUUGAGGUUCCUCGUCGAGAUGGGAGAGACGAAGCAGCCUGUUUACGGCUCUGAUGAAGUGACUCCCACGUACCAAGACUUCCGGCCUGAGCUCGCGCUCUGGAGCGUAAGCUGGGACAAAGACUAUGAGCAAGAUGUCAAAAUGAUGCUUAUGACCCCAAUAGUGCAAAGUGUUGCCGAGAGGAGACAUGUCGAGAUUGACAAAGAUCUCACUGGCACUACAGCAUCACAAGACUUUGGCCUCAAGGAACAGGACCAGAAGUUCAACAGUAUCGUCAGUCAGAUCUCGGUCAGAGACUCUCAGCUGCGACAACCGAUCAUGACGUUUAACCGCUACGAACGCCCUUCGAGUCUAGCACCUGCCUCACCACCCGCAAAGCUCUACCUUGCCAUUCGCGUCUUCACCCACUUCAGAACGAUCGAAAUCGCAGACUUCCAGCCGCCAACUCCCAUCCUUCUCAAGUUACCAACCGACCGCACCGCCGACAAGAUCAAGCGCGCUCUGAUCCAAGAACUGCAAGCUUAUUGCAAUUCUGGAACGACUUCACAAACGGAACCUUCGUACAGAGCUGCUUUCACUGAGCUACUGAGGGACGAUAACAGGGCGAAGUGGACCCUGCAACUCUGGGCUAUGCCGCAGAGUGGGCAGAGGAAGAGGCUACAUAUCUGUAGGAAGAAGGAGGAAUUUGGGGAGUUUCUGGCUGAAGGUGGUGGGGAUGGGGUGUAUGUUGAGGCGCAUUUUGUUCCCAGUGAAGAAGCUGUGAACGGUAUUGAGGAGAAGCGCGGAAGGGUGGGAUGCGCAGGAGAAGGAGCAGGUCGGUAA